ACGCCACAAGGUUACAGUGCAGAUGAGCGUCAUUUUAUCACUCAUUACUUCACUCUUACACUGACUGAUGCUCGCGCGCUCUCCGCUCAUCUCACUGGACUUUUUGCCGAGGAUACAAGACUUCAGAUAGUUUUCCCAAAAGCUGGCAGUGUGCCCCGGUCCCUGGUAUCUUACAGAGUAAAGACUCAUCACUGCUGUCAUCGCUUGUUGCUGUACAGACUCAGUGGUGGGGUGAGUCACGUUCUCUUCAACCUGACGGGCCCUGGACCAGUAUGCAGUUAGAGUGAUCAGGAUGGAGGACUCUAGUUUGUGCCUUGGUGUAUCCUCUAUGGUCCCAGAUGCUGACACCCAUCUCAGCAAUGCAGUACUUAAUGGCCGCUACCCAAUCAGUCAGAAACUGCACCAGCUGACUGCCCAGCUGGGCCAUGCCUUUCCUGAACUACAGAGUUGCCAACAGAUCCCAGAGGAGAAGGCAGCCACCCCACUGGAUGAGAAAACCCAUGCUGCCUUAGCUAAUCAGCCAAUCAGCAGUCAGAUGGCCUUACUGGCCAACCAGCUUAACCGUGACAUGGAUGUGGGAGCCCUUAGUGGUCUGAAUGGCCGUGUUGAUUUGCAACAAUUUCUCAAUGGGCAGAACUUAGGAAUCAUGUCACAGAUGAACGACAUAGAAGAUGAUGCCCGCAAGAACCGCAAAUACCCUUGUCCGCUAUGUGGUAAACGCUUCCGCUUUAACAGCAUACUGUCUCUUCAUAUGCGUACACACACUGGAGAGAAGCCCUUUAAAUGCCCCUAUUGUGACCACCGAGCUGCUCAGAAGGGUAACUUGAAGAUCCACCUCCGUACCCAUAAAUUGGGAAAUCUUGGUAAGGGUCGUGGUCGUGUACGUGAAGAAAACAGGCUUCUUCAUGAACUGGAAGAGAGGGCCAUUCUACGUGAUAAGCAAAUGAGGAGCAGCCUGCUGCAGCCCUCCCAACCUCUUCCACCCCACUUGGGUAUACAAGGUCACAACCAGCAACAGCCCGGCUCUGCCUGUGGUAUGCUCACUCCACCGAGUCUUGGUGGCUCACCUGAUACACUGACUCAGCCGUCUGCCUCACCUAAGCCUGCAGGUACCAGCCUUCAAGAUGAUCAAGCCCUCAACCCAUCCCAAGGGUUCCGCUGCACUUUCUGCAAGGGUAAAUUUAAAAAGCGUGAGGAGCUAGACCGCCACAUUCGCAUUCUUCACAAGCCCUACAAGUGUACCCUGUGUGAAUUUGCUGCCUCCCAGGAGGAGGACCUCAUCAGUCAUGUGGAGAAAACCCACAUCACAGCUGAAUCAGCCCAGGGACAGGGCACAGGAGCUGGCAGCGGAGAGAAGCCUGCCAAUGAAUUUCGCUGUGAGGUCUGUGGCCAGGUCUUCAGCCAAGCUUGGUUUCUGAAAGGCCACAUGCGGAAACACAAGGACUCCUUUGAACAUUGCUGCCAGAUCUGUGGACGUCGUUUCAAGGAGCCCUGGUUCCUGAAGAAUCACAUGAAGGUGCAUCUUAACAAGCUGGCCAUCAAGAACAAGCCUCCUGUUGGUGGAGGAGCUGAUGAAGAUGGACCCUCUGUUAACACCAUGAGUAGCCUGGCUCAAGAAGCUCAUGCCAACUUGUAUUCACGUUACAUUUCUUGCCUGCAAAGUGGCUUCCUCUCACCUGACAAGCAAGGCCUGGCUGAACACCAACAUCAGAUGCUGGCCAAGGCUGGUAUAGCUAUGAAGGAGAAGGAGAUGCUUGGAAAGCUCCUGAGCCCAGUGACCAGCAUUGGCCAUGGAUUAGGUGAAAGUGACAAGCGCUCACUCUUGGGUUGCCUAAAUCUAGUGCCUCCUCUGAAGUCAAGCUGUAUGGAGCGCUUACAAGCUGCAGCUAAAGUGGCAGAGAUGGACCCCCUGAACAGCUACCAAGCCUGGCAAAUAAUGGCACGUGGAAUGGCCAUGGAACGCUCCUUCAUGCCAAAAGAGCAACACCAUGGGGGGCACGGACAAGAAGAUGAACUUGCCAGUGCAGCUGGGAUUGUUCCAUUUGGCAAAGACAAGCAUGAGCACCCAACCUUAGGUUCUAGUAAUGGUUACAAGCAGAAGCAACACCCUGAAGUCCUCCAUGGAGUGAAGACCAGUGGAGGAAUAAUGCCCUUGAAAGAUGAGGGUGUAGGCUUUGAUGCCCACCGUGAGUUCUUGCCUCACCAUGGGGGUCUGGGCCUUGGCCAAGGGCUUGAGUACAGCCUGGCCAGUCUAAAAGAGAAACCAACUGAGUGUCCUGACUGCGGCAGAGUCUUUAGAACCUAUCACCAAAUGGUGGUCCACUCCCGAGUGCACAACAAAGACCGGCGAACCCUAGAUGAGAGCUCCCAGCAUGGUCUGGAUGAAAGGCGUGGCUCAGCAAGCGACCCAGAGUCUCAGUCCAUCAGCCGAUCCACCACCCCAGGCUCCUCCAAUGUGACGGAGGAAAGUGGUGCUGGAGGGGGACACUCGCAAACAGGCAGUGUGCAGGAUGACAGUCCCCACCCAUCUUCUCCAUCUUCAGAUGUUGGGGAUGAGAUGGCAAAACCUGUGAGUGCUGUCCAGCCCCCCUCCACCCAGCACCGGGACAGGAGCGUGGGUUCCAGCAUGAAGGACUGCCCCUACUGUGGAAAAUCUUUCCGCACCUCUCACCAUCUAAAAGUACAUCUAAGAAUACACACAGGUGAAAAGCCCUACAGGUGCCCUCAUUGUGACUAUGCAGGCACUCAGUCAGCCUCUCUCAAGUACCACCUGGAGCGCCAUCACCGUGAACGACAGAAUGGAAGUGGUCCCUCAGCCAACCACCCUCCCUCCUCUGAACACAAAGAUGACCAUGGAAAGAACAAUAGUGGCAGUGGGGUCUUUGCUCGUCCUGAUGUCCUUCGUGGGGUCUUCAAAGGCAUGAUGCCCUCUGGUCUUGACUUCAGAGGGGGUCAGAUGCUCCCACAUCAAUGGGCUCCACCAGCAAUGCUAUCCCACAGGGAAAGAGACCGUGAAAGGGAACGAGAUCGCCAUGGACCAGGGGCAGAGCCAACCACCGAGAGUAUGAAGAGUCCUGAGGGACCCACCUCUGCUGGGGACAGUCCUGCCAGCUUCCCUGACCUGGGACGAGCCUAUCAGAGUAUGGUGGGAAAUGGAGUCAACUUUCAAGGCUCUUUGCAGGCUUUCAUGGACAGCUUUGUCCUCAAUUCCAUGAAGAAGGAGAAGGAGAUCAGAGAGGGUCAGCUGCAUGGCCAGCAUUAUAUCCAGGAGAGUGCUGAGGCCAAAACCAAAAGAGCCAGUGAGGGAAACCAGGAGGAGAAUCCUAGCAAUGACAACAAGCCAGCUGAGGGUGGCCGCUCCCAGUAUGAGCCUCUGGAUUUGUCCGUUAGGCCAGACGCAGGAUCCAUUCCUGGAGCCUCCGUCACCCUCCAGGACAAUGUUGCCUGGCAUAGCUGCCUCUUCUGCUCUUUCACAACUGCUUCUGUAGAGCUGAUUGCCCUCCACCUGCAAGCCAACCACCUGGGCAAAGGCAAGUUUGGCCCAGGCAAAGAUACUAAGGAACAGCUCUUGGGUGAGCAUUCACAUGCAGGCAAAGUUACUGGCCUGGCUCCUCCACCACCAGGCCUUCUCCAUCACCACGAGGGAGUCCCGUCAAGGGACAGGGAGACUGAGUCUGGGGAUCUGAAGGUACAAGCAGGCUGGCCCAACCAUCUGGAGCAACCCCCACAUGGAGCGUCUAUGGGAGCAUUCUCCAGUGACUUCUACAAGCCCUUUGGCCCUGUGUAUGAUGGCUCUGCUAGAGGGCCUGUUGGAUUUUUGGACCAGCAGCAUAUUCAGUCCAAUGAUGGGGGCGGUCAGGGCUCUCUGGACGACCUGUCCGACAAGGCAUCUUGCAGUGAAAUUGAGGCAUCAGAGGAAUGCGGUGCUCAGUCUGAGGAAGAUGAAGUGGGUCGUGAAAAAUCAUUCCUCAACCCCACUGCCACAGAGCAGCUUAUACGUUCAGAUGAAGACGAGGAGGCAGAAGACAAUGAAGAAAUGGAGAUGGGUGAUGCCGAGGAGGAGGACCGUGGAUCCAUGCAAAUGCUUCCUGAAUCUCCUCUGUCAGGGAAGGACACCCAAAGGUGUAAGCUGUCCAUGGGACCCCAAAGCUCUGGGCUUUCUCCUCCUCAGCAUACCACCCCUGAGAAGCAAUGGCAGCAGCAGCAGGCAGGCAUUGGUCUUCUCUCCACAGGCAGUGGUCCUCCUGGCCUGGUAAAGCCUGAUCAGGCCCACCUGGAGCACCAGAUGAACAUGCUAUCUGUUCUGCGGGCCUACAGUUCAGAGAACCUCACAGCCUUCAGCGGAGGCCUAGGCAGCAGCUCCAAUGGAGGAAGCAGCGGCACCAGCAACUUGACAAGAAUUGACCCCACUGUUCUUCUGUGGGCGGAGGAAGAGGCUUCCCGAAGGUUUGAUCCUGCUCUUACCCCUGAACAUAGCCUAACUGACACAGAGAUGCAGGACUAAUCAGAAACUAACAUCACCCCUCCCCCCCCCCUUCACUGGACUGAACGGCCAAGAGCAGGUGAUGGAAAAAGAGGAAGAGGAAAAUGAAGGACAUUAUGAUAUCAAAAGCAUUAUUUAACAAAAAAGACUUCAAGAGAGAGAAAAAUGACUAAUAAAUUAGCUGAGCAUAAUAUGGACAGCUCAGAUGGUUUCCUACACAGACGUUCUCGCUGGAUGAAGUAAAGAAAAUCUGUUGAUGUUUAGCGAGCUGGGAACAAGGAGAGAAAUUUUUUUUUUUUCUUGCUUCCUGUGUUUUAUGUGUCUUGAAUCCUCCCUUGUGUAGCUAAGAAAUACUUUCUGUGGUUUUUAAUUGCUUUUUUGACUUCGAUAUAGUGAGGAAACUUUUUAGUGAUUGUCCCUCAGAGCAACGUAUUCCUUGAACCAAGAUGCCAGUCUCAGACUGAGAAAAUGAACAGACUUCCCUCUCUCUUGGACACAACAAAAACAUGGAACUCUCUCAGUGUUUCUCACUGCCCACUGAAACUUCACCAAUGUUAUUUCCCAGAGACUCCCUCAACAGUUCUGCCAGAGCUUCAUCUCUGGGCUUUUGGACCAAUCCACCACACGUUUGGAGACCAAGCACACUCUUAUUAAAAACUCAUUUGUAAUCAGCACACUCUCAGCAGCAGUCAGUGCCUGGACGUCAAAGCAGAAGAAUGACAAUCCAGUACUUUCAGGAAAUGAGAACAUGGCCAUCAGUAAGGACCUACUGCAUCAACGGCAACUAAAAAGGGAAGCUAAGUUUACUGUGGCUAUGCCUUUUUCUUUGAAGACCGGCUCCAUGAUAUCACAACAUGCAUCCAUGUUUCAUUCUCCUGAUGUGUUUGUAAGCGACUAGCGUGUAGACGUUCAGAGCUGAACUCCAGAGAAAGAGGGCACUGUAGCAAAGACAAAAAACAGCCGAGGUGACAGGAAGAACUAGUUUACACCGAGCGUGUCGGAUGAAACAACAUGAGCCAAGGAGACUGCAUCCGUAAAGCCUGCAGAAAUCAAACAGAAAUGAAGCCCUUAACCCCACAUACUUUGAUCUCAGUCUUGCUCACUUCAAGUACUCAAGAUAUGAGAUUGUGUUUGUAAUAUACUGCCACCGAUCAGUGUUGCAAAGUGUUACUGACUACUGAAAUGGUUUGAUGUAUUCACUUAUUAAAGAAAAUGAAAAAAAAAAAAAAAAUGUAAUGAAAAAAGAAACAUGCAAACAAGAAUCAAAUAUUGUCUAGCCAUAGAUACAGUCAUGAGUUGUUGCAUUUAAAAAGCUAGCUGUUUUAAAGUGUAGCUAUUAGAUUGGAGUUUUCUUCUCUAGUACUGUAAUUUUUGCCUUUCACCUUUGUUAAAUACGAAUAGCAUUAAAAAGAAAAGAUUAAAAGAAAGAUUGACAAUCUUCUUCUGUUGCUGCAAGCAUAUAAAUCCAUACAGUAUAUAUACACAUGCCUCAUGCAAGCAAAUACAAACUGAGUUUUCUCCCCUGAAGUAUUUUGCACUGUGAUAGUAAAUUACAACCAGUCUAUACAUUACAGAGAUCGCUAAUCAAAAACGAAGGUGUGCGUGCGUGCGUGCGUGUGUUUGUGGGUUUGUGAGUUUGUGUGCGUCCCUUGACAUUGUGAACUGGUAUUCUAUUCAUUCUUUUGUGAACUCUGCUGAUUUGGUCCAUGUAGUUUAAACAAUCUCAUUUUACGAUGGUCAUCUCUGUUGCUUUGAUUAUAAAUUCAAUGAACUUCCCUGUAAGUCAUAGUUUAUGGAUUCCACAGUGUGGCGAAGCAGUCCGAGCUUUUCUAUUCAAUAUUAAAAUAUAUUCUUUAGUUUUCCUCACUGAAAAACACAUCUCUGAAAUUUGAAUUUGUUUUCACAGUCUCCAUGCAAGUUUACAUCCUCUUGACACAGUUUUAAAAAAAUAAAUAAAAAAAAUGUUUCAAAGUGAAGAUGUUUAGUGAACUAGUUUUAAGAGAACUAGUAAAGGCUACAUAUGGUAAAGGAAUGUGACAGGGAGGGUCAGUAAUAGGACAUAUAUUGACCAAUCCCUAUAUACACUGGUUAUAGAUAAGCACACCUCUGGCUCCCCUCCUUUGUGUAGUAUAACUGAGCAUCUAUCUCUCUUUCAGUCUUACUGGACUAAUAUAUGAGCAUUCCAAACCUCUGAGCUGUCUUGUGGACUGUAUGACAUUCAUUUGGUUGCUGUACCCUCAUGGCAGAUGCUUUGUUUUGUAACUACUGAACUGUACUUAUAAUGAGAAAUAAAAUGUAUUCAAACUAUGAAACAAUGGAGUGAUCAACAGAGCAUUUUGUGCUAUUUGAGCAGAAGCACAAUAUUACAAAUGGUUUUAAAACAUGCUGAGUGUGAACAUGUUUAAAGGGAUAGUUCACCCCAGAAGGAACAUUCUGUCAUUAAUUAAUCACCCUCAUGUUGUUCCAAACCCGUAUGACUUUCUUGCUUCUAUGGAACACAAAAGGAGAUGUUAGGCAGAGUGACAGACUCCAGUAACCAUUCACUUCAUUGCUUUUUUCCCCAUACAAUGAAGGUGAAUAGUGACUGAGACUAACAUUAUGCCUAACUCUCCUUUUGUGUUACACAAAAGAACAAAACGUUACACAGAUUUAGAUCUACAUGAGGGUGAGCAAGUGCUGACAGAUUUAUUUUGGGUGAACUGUCCCUUUAAUGUUGAGGGCAUUGAUUUCAAAGGACCUUGUAUGAUUUUGUA